AUUCAGUAUCGGGCGAUUGGCCGGCCGGUAGAGACGCUAGGGUUGUAUCGCUCUGCGCCGCACUCCCGCCAAAACUACACGCGUUCGACGGGUUUCGAAAAGUUGCAAUCAAAUUUGGAUUUUAUUUUAUUUCGCAUCGAGUGAACGAUAUUUUUAGUGAAGGUUUUUUUAAGUGUUAUUUUUGUAGUGUUUUGUGAAAUUAUAAUGGAUAUUAUUUGAGUGCCCUUAAAAUUGUGGACAGGUAAUAUUUUUUUUCCAAAUUUGGAGUUAAAGGUCAAAAAUGGAGUUGAAAUCGCCAAAAGCGAAGAAAAAGUCGAACAUCGCGAAACUAGUGUCUUGGGGCAAGAUGUUCCGCACGCCGUUGCUCAUUCUAUUCCUCCUGGGCACCACCAGCUGCGAGGACGACGGCGAGGUCGCGCCAUUCAGUCCGCACCUCAGGCAUCGACACGGCAACGAGACGAUCAAGAACAAGAUAACUGAGAUCAAACAUUUGAGGAGGCAUUUAAACAAAGAGAUCCUGAACUUCGUGAUGACUGACCAUCUGAUGGACGGAGAGGCGGAGAACCGCGUCCAUUAUAACGGUAUUACUGCCAAGGAAACCUACGUCGCUGACGGACUGGGGCUAAAACUUCGUCAGCUUACUGACGGCCGGCACCUCGUGCAAGUAAUAUACUCGCAAAACGGUGACAUACAAGACUGUGAGUACAUCACACAGACAAAAUCCGCGCGAAACUUCUUGAAGACAUUAAGAAAAGAAUUAAAAUUAGCUUUAGACGAAGAAAGUUACAUAUUGCAGAGGGAGCCAAAUAGUAUUGAAGAUGAAAAAUUUUUUCGCCACUAUAAAAAUGUCAGCAUAAAGUUGCUGAAAAACGGUGAUAAGUUGCCACCAGAUGUCGCUGUUUGGUUCGAUUACAACAAACUGAAGCUCGAGUGCUUGAGGAGGCACGAAGAAUUGAAAUAUUUAGUAGAGAGCCAGAAUAAAAUGUCAGAAAUGUCGGUGACACGGUCGCGAAGAUCGUUCAGGGAGAAUUUCAUACUGCCAGGGACGAAAUGGUGCGGCGCUGGCCAGCUCGCUGAGGAGUACAACGAGCUGGGCAUCGAUAGGAAAGAAGACAAGUGCUGUAGGGCGCACGACAAUUGCCGAAUGAACAUCGGUCAAUUCCGCCGAAGGUUCGGCUAUUUCAACUUUAGGCCGUACACGAUCUCGCACUGCCGAUGCGAUAGGAGCCCGAAGAGGGACGCCAUGGAGCUACUGAGAGUGCCGGGGACCAAGUGGUGCGGAAAAGGUUUCUCUGCAACGCGAUAUUCGCAGCUGGGGGGGUACACGCGGACGGACAGGUGCUGCCGCGUGCACGACCUGCGCUGCCCGUUCUGGAUUGGUGGCAUGGAGAAGAAGUACGGCCUCUACAACUGGCGGGUGAACACCUUGAUGCACUGCCGCUGCGACGAAAGGUUCCGCGCUUGCCUCAAACUGGCCGAUACGCCCGUCUCCAACAUGGUGGGGAAGCUGUUUUUCAACGUGGUGCAGACGAAGUGCUUCAUCCUGAAACCAGUGAAGAUGUGCACGCAGCGCUCCUGGUGGGGCAAGUGUCUGCGCCGCGGAUACAUGAAGCAGGCCUUCCUGAGGGACAACCUGCCUUACUAGACAUGAUGUGACGUUGAUGGCAUUACUCCUCAUUCGUGGGGCGUGGUAGAUUUAUUUCAGAAGCGUGUUGCUUAUUGUCGAAUUUGAAAUGGGGUUUACGAAAUUUACUAACUAAUCUGAUAGAUAUUUAUUUAAAUGCAAAGUAUUUCAAAAAGUCAGGUACUCAGGUAUUUUGCGACAUCAAAAGUUUCAAGUCUGUAUUUAAGCAUUUAUUUUGAAGAAUAUCCACUUGAGUAAAGAUGUUAAUGAACAUUUUGAAAUUGGAAUGAGGAAAUGUUUGCUAAUACCCGUCGAUGUCCCAACUAUUCUGGUUUCCAAUAAAAUAUUAUGUUAAUUGGGGACAUUAGUGUUGGCGUACUUAAGACUUUAACUUUAUUAUGGUUAUCGCAAAAAAAAAUGUGAGAAACCUUAAAACUCUUUCUGACAUUAUUAUAAUACAACUUCAAGAUUAGAAAAACAAUGAUUUACUAUAUUAUUGAAAUUAAAUGCGCGAUUUUAUAACUAUUUUAAUUUAUAAAUCCCAAAUUAAUUUGGACCUAAUACCUGUUAUAAAACAAAUAUAAGGUAUUUAAACGCCUUAUCAGUUUUAUUUUGAUUGUUACUGUCAUCAGAGAGCAAUAUUUAAAAAUAAAACUAUUAUGUUUAUUUAAAGCCAAUUUGUGUAAUAUUUUAUUUUAGGAUUUUUGGCGUAAUGCUUAUUUAGAGCUAAGGCGUUACGUCGGAAUAAUAAAUUGUAACGUAUACAUCUUUCUGUGAUUUCGUUUAUGACGUUAUUUAGUACAUAAUAUUUCUGCAAAUAGAAUAUUUAUAGCAACAUAUGUAUUAAAGACGUAAAAUAGAUAUUUAUUUAUUUUUGUAAUCUGUACAAAUGUGAGAUUCCGUUUCCACUGCCAGUUUUAAAAUACUUCAAAUAAUGCAUAUAACUUUUUUAUUUACUGCUUGUAUUUUGCACAAUGCAAAUUAUAUAAAGUGUGUCGGAGUACUUUGUUGAUUCUUACAAUAACUUUUUAAAUGUUAUCUUAAGUUAUUUAUGUUAUAUUGCGUUUUAAAAAUUAAGUCACAAAAUUAUUGCAAAAUACAAGUGUAAAUACGUACAAAAUGUUUAUUUCUUCCGUAAUAAAUUUAUAUGUAUCAUUGUAAAUAUUAUAAAUGAAAAUUAAUAAUAAUAAUUUAUUCGUGAAUAAGUUAGAAGUAUAUUAUUUCUUCAGUAGGGCUCGCAGGCAGUGUAAACAAACGACUCUGUGAUGUAAAUUUUUGUGAAUAUUUUGAGGAAGACAAUAUGCAAUUCAGGAUACAGAGACUAAAUAGAUACGAACCAAGAUUAAUAGCCUUUGUUCUCUUAAUCUUUAAUCCAAGUUCAGACUGAACCAAUCAAAUUAACUAAUUGGUAAGCUUGUCAAAAGCCCUUUGUUUUGAUUGGUCCAUAUUUGAGACAAAUCUAACACAGCGUUUGGGAUCAUUUAUUGAAAAUGGCGGUUAUUAUAUUAUUUAGCGGUAUUUUAAGUCUAUGGUUAAAUAUUCAAGAAGUUUGUUUACGCUAUCUAGCUCUAUUGAGAUAUACGGUACACUAGUCGUCGCGUUACGAUUCUAUAGACAUCCAUAUACAUUGACAUUUCAGCUUUUAGCGUCAUUUCUACUAGACCGAGGUCUUAGAUGAAAGUGGAUUGUAGGUAUUAUAGUACUUAGAAUAAAAUUUUAUCCUUAAAUCGUAGUAUAUUGCUGUAGAAUAACUUCACGAGUAAUCAAGAUCAUUUUGCGGCGCGCGUUGCGACGUAGCUUCACUCACAAGUCCCAAGUUGUGCUGGAAAGCGUUCUAUAUUCAUUAUUAUCAGACAUUAAACAGUAUAGCUAUAGAUCGGAUAUCAGGCCCUAAUUUGUGCGAAGGGCUUAAGUUUCUUUUUCUUUUUUAAUGACUACAAGCCCUGGUUUGCUGUGCUACGCCACGCUCCAUAAGUUGUUACCAAUUGGUAAUAAGUCGUUGUCUUAUUUGGAAUGUCCGAGUAACAAGAUGUUACAGCGUACUUAGAUAUUAAUACAAAAAUAACACAUUUACCUAUAUAUGCGUAUUAAAAAAGCCCAAAUCACGAUAUGGAAAAAAUAUUAAGUAUUUGACAUUGGUGUUUUGCUAUUUGGCGGUAGAUUGAGUAACUAUCGCAUGAGAGCAAAAUUUUUAUAUGACAAUGUUCCCAAUGUCCGUUCUAUAUAAUCUUUGAACUCUGAUUAAUAUAAAUAACUGCAUGUGCGUAUCCCGCUGAAUAAUGGGUCCUAUUUCUGGUUUUUUAACCAUCAUUGCCUUGUGUUAUAGGACUUCAAUGACCAAAACACUUUGUUAUCUUUGGCUUUGUCGUCACAUCGCUUUUAAUUCCGCCAUUAGGGUCCUCGUUGACACUCAAAUAGGAGAGGUAAAUGAAUUCCAUCAUAAUUUCAUUAAAAAUAAUAAAAAUUAAAUAUGUAUAAAUCUAAAACAUAUAUAAGCAUUGAAAUCGUUUUUUCCAUGUUAACUUUAUUUAGAAUAUUAAAACCAGCUGAGGCCAAGGGUAAGACGUAAUUAUUAAUUUUCAAUGAUUCUUGCAUAUAAGAGAAUUAUUCUCGGUAAUAAUAUAGCUUUAAGAUUAGUUAUAUAUGCGAAAGAAUAGAAUUAUAAUGAUUAUAUUCAUAUUUGAAAAAACACUUCGCUUCUAAUAUUUUUUAUAUGGCAGUUGAUAGAAUAAUUCUUUUAUUAAAAAUCUAUAUGUAAUUAUAGCUACGCAAUAAUUUUCAUCCAUAAAUAACAUCAGCAAUUUUUCCUCUGCAAGUUAAAGUUAUUUAUUUUUUAUUGCUCGGAUUCAGCCAUAAUUUUUUAAGUAAAACCAAACGUGUAAAUCUACAUCAUGAUAUCUAAGUAUUUAAUUUAAUAAUUAUCAAAUCAACUGCCAACAAUGAAAAGCAAUAAUUUGAAAUUGAAAGCAAUAAAAUGUUACCAGUAAUUUAAAAAGUAAAAAAUGUAUAUUACUUGCCCCAAAUUAAACAUGCACGCAACGUGAAUCAAUGUUGUAAAUGGCCUUUAUUGUAAAUAUUAUCCAGGAUUUACAAACAUCCCACGAAUUUGUAAUUAGUAACGGAAAAUUUUCCUAUUAAUUAAUUUGAAUCUUUUUAUUGCCAUUAUUAGACAUCAAGUAGAUGAUAAUUCAAAUACUCAUACAAGGAUAGAAGCGUACUCAAUAUUUAUGUACCGCUAAGAUGAAGUUAAAUAUUGGGAGACCCAUCAUAGUGGCUCGUCUUAUCAUCAAACAGGCGGUAUACGUUUGGCAAUCUCUAAAAAAUGUUAAACGAUAUUAUAUUUCGACAGCACUGUUCUGUCAUCACUAAGUGCUAGAUUGUCAGAAUAAAAAAAGUCUAGAAUUUAAAAAAAAAUGUUAAACCGCCAAAAUAUAUUUGCAAAGUCCGUUUUGUGCCAAAUGGGGUUUAGAAAAUAAUUCCUAAUAUUUUAGCGGGUAGUAUAAAACUUGAAAAUUAAUUGUAUAGAAAGUCAGUAGCUAGUUUCUAAGUCUUAAAGUUCCUCUGCAGACAAUAUGUUGUGUACAUUACUUGUAAGUUAAUGUGAUUGUACUUAGUAUGGUAGGUGUUUCGACUAACGUAGUGUAGGGGAGUAUCAAUGCAGCAUGAUCUUCCUCAAGUCUCUUUGAAAGGCUUAAUGAUACCCGUAAAAGGCAAAUUACCAAAAAUAUCAUAUCGGAUAAUUCACAUGCAGAAUUCAGACACCAACAAAAUAAUGAACUGCUGUCGAAAAUUUUUUAAGUAAUUCGAACGCGAUUAAUUCUAGACCUAAAGUCCUAUUUUUUCGAUUUUGUUGGAUCCCUGGAGCUACAUUGUUACUCUUCUAGUAAAUUUUAAAUAAUAAUAUGCUUUUGAGGCACCUGUAGUGGAAUAUAUCUUUGAUAAUUUAUUAUUUUACGAAUGCAUGUUCAUCGUGUGUAUUCAAAGAAAAAAUUUAUAUUGAGCCAUAAUAACGCACGUAUGAGAAUAAAUGCGUAAUCCCAGGUAUAAAUUUGUAACAAUAAGAAAGUAUCAUGAAAUUUUCCGAUUGAAUUAUAACUAGCGCCAUCUAGUACCGAGUAGUAUAAGUUGGUAAAAAAGAUUUGUUCCACUACUUCGGGUAUUUAUUCAUAAAAGAAAUGUAUAUAAAUAGAGAAACUGAAAAGUGGUUGUGUUAAUACUACGGCUUCCAUUUGAUUUGACCAAUGUUUAUUCCUCAUAAUUGUUUUCUUUUUUAUGAGUGGUAACACUUUUUAUAUUUACAACCUCAACGAUCAGCAUCAUUAUAUCAGCCCGUCUUCCUAUAAUUAUUCGUGUUUCCAUUAAAUAAUGAUAUCAAACAUAAAUUUUAGGGUCAUAUCAGCAACUCUUUAACUCCGUUUAGCAACAGAGACGCGUAUUAAGGUCCUUAAGUUCUGAAGGACCAUAAACAGACAAAUAAUUUAAACUGUUCAUAUAAUAAUAAUGACCCUUUUAAAAGUUUAUUUGACCUUCGCAAGGCGCAAUAUCGAAAUACAGCGUUAGAGAAAGACGGCAUUGUUCGUCGUAUGAAACUCAAUCCAAUUUUGUCUUCCAUAUUACCAAAGCGAUAACUGGCCUACUUUAAGUACUUAUUUUUUUUAACGGCAAUAAUUUUAUGAAGUUUACUGAUAAAUCGUUGUCUGAGAUCGUUGGUCACGUUUAUAAUCUAAGAUCGCAGUCAGCCAGUAGUGCUAAGCCGCAGGAACAAAGUUUCUGGAUUGUGCGAGAUUUUAGUUUAUUAAUCCCUGUACGCAAAAAUAGAGAAACGAUAUUUGUAAGGUAGUCAAAGUGAUAAUGUGGCUAACAGCAUUCCUAAAGCAUAGCUGGACCUUCCAAACUUUAGACUUGAUGUUUCUUUGGCGGAGGAACCUGCUAUCGCUUUGAAUGCCAUAUAUAGACCUAUUGGAAACAGAAUCAAUAAAUGCCUUCGCACCAUCGAAACUCAAAACCCCUGGCGCGCCGUAUUUAUUAGCCACACGAGGCGUACUACACUCUUGUGCUCUCAGCGGACGAUGCAGGAUAUCUAGAUGAAGUCGUGGCCGAAGGCGACGGGUCUAUGUGACAAAUUCUAUAUUAACUUAUGUAUUACGACUGUUUACGUCUCGUCAGCGUCGCAUCGCCGUCCCUGCCCGUCCGCUGUUUGACCAAAGCUUUAGAGAAGAGGUUUCGUGGUCGCUUACGAAUUGUGGACCUCCAUUUUUGGUCACGCUAAAGUAAACCCUCGAUAAGUCUCCCGUGGAUCCCUAGAGGUCAACCUGGAUCACCUUGGGUAUCAAUGCUUUAGAGAGUUGUCUUGGCUGCGUACUUAUUUAUAUGUUCCCAUUGUACAUUAAAACUUACAACAAAUUAUGGAAAACUCUGUUUGUUGGCACUAAUACUUAAUGUUCAUAAAAGUUUUAUAAUGUAGAUAUUAUCUUUAGCUCUUGAGUAGGAAAGAAGACAUUGGCAGUUACGUAAGAGAAUUAGAACACGAACCGAAUAUGAGCAACGCAGGCUUUGCAACUAAAGCGUCGCUCUUACAGCUUACAUAGAAUUGUAUCCAUGAAAGAAAAAGAAAACUGUUUGUUCCAAGUAUAAUGUGUUGUUUCUUACAAACGUCCUUUUAUAGCACUGUAUUUAUUUCUCCACUGACCUCCAGAAUGUAUGAAAUAGCAUUCAUUAUAUCAUGAUGUCCUUGUUUUUACAUUCAGAGAAACUAAUUUUCGACUUCUAUAAAACUUUAUAUUCUGCAAACCGACAUGCUUGGAAUAAAUACUUUUUCUACAACCAUAUCCGGCCACUGUCUUCUGUAGUGUAAAUAAAUUAGCGAUGUUCAAACAUGUUUUAAUAUUAAUAGAGAAUUUUUAUUUUUGUUCUGUAUUGUAAUAAAAUAAUGUAAAUAUUAA